AUGCGUAUUUUAGACACGAGCCUUACUAUUCUACGCCGACAUCUUUCCCGCCGGAUUUUCACGAUAUCAACAGCUAAUCUCAACCGUCUGAUCAACAGUUAUCUCACGGACGACCGUUUGGUGGAGGCGCGCAGUCUCUUUGAUCAGAACACUAGAUCGCUUGACAACGCGACAUGGAACACGAUGAUCAACGCGUAUGUCCGACGCCGCCGAAUAAGGGAGGCCCACGAACUGUUCGAUCAAAUGCCUCAGAGGGACGUCGCGUCGUGGAAUGCCUUGUUAAUGGGUUUGACUGAGACCAGAGAUCCAGAAAGAGUUGUUUGGUUUUUCCUGGAGAUGCAGAGAUCUGGGUUGAACCCAGAUGAGCAUACUAUUUCGGUACUAGUGAACACGGUUUCGGGUUCUUCGUUUAAGAUUUUGAUCGAGCAAAUACACGCGCUUGCUAUUUGUUCAGGGCUUAAUCUGAGCGCGUAUGCCGGGUCUGCGUUGCUUAAGGGUUACUCCAGUAUAAAGAAUCCAACAGCUUUACAACGAAUAUUUGAUGACAUUUUGCUGAAGGAUGUUUCAUCAUGGAAUUCAUUGAUUAUGGGUUACAUGAAAUUAGGAUUUGUGGGUAAGGGUGAAAAAGCUUUCAAUCAAAUGCCUGAUAGAAACAUUGUUUCUUUCCACACAAUGAUUAUUGGGUACAUAAGAAACACGAUGAUCGACAAAGCUCGGAUAUUGUUCGAUCAAAUGUGUGAAAGGAAUGUGUUUUCUUGGACCGUGAUGAUCAAUGGUUAUGUACGGAGGAGGAAGUUCAUUGUCGCGUUGAAGCUAUUCAAAUCUAUGGUUGAGUCUGGGUAUAGACCAAGCCAUUAUACAUUGUCAACUGUUUUAGAUGCAUGUUCUGGGUGCUCUUUGCUUCCUAUGGGCAAGCAGGUGCAUUCCAUUAUCACAAAGUUCGGUAUGGAAUGUGACAUUGUCUUGUCAACGUCACUCUUGGAUAUGUAUGCCAAGUCAGGCGAUAUUAGUGCUGCUUCAUUUGUGUUUAGUUCUAUGAAGGUGAAGAAUUCAGCUUCAUGGAACUCGAUGAUAGGAGGUUUUGCAAGACAUGGGCAAGGAACGAAUGCUCUAGAGGAAUUCGGGAAGAUGCUCGAGAGCGGUUUCAAGCCUGAUCAGGUUACUUUUAUCAACUUGUUAAUGGCUUGUGCACAUGCCGGGUUGGUGGAAGAGGGAGAGGAACAGUUUAGCGCGAUGAGCAAGUACGGGAUAGCUGCAGAGAAGGAGCAUUAUGCUUGUAUGGUAGAUCUGUAUGGAAGGGCGGGUCAGUUGGAUAAAGCAGAGAGAUUGAUAAAGGGAAUGCCAUUUGAGCCAGAUGUGGUUAUCUGGGGAGCAUUGCUCGGGGCUUGUGGAUUGCAUUCGUGUUUGGAGCUUGGAGAGGUUGCUGCUAAUGGAGUGUCAAAGCUAAGAAGUGAUCAUCCAGCAGCAUAUGAGGUUCUGUUGAGAAUUCAUGGUGAGAAGGGAGUGUGGACAAGUGUCACUGAGUUGAGGAAACUGAUGAAGCAGAAGAAUGCGAAAAAGCAGAAAGCUGGAAGCUGGGUUGAAUCUCCAUUAGAUGACAGAUGA